ACAACUAGCGCCUCUAGCGGCGGGGGUUUAGCGGAGUUCGCGCGGAUCUUCGCGUUGAGAUCUGUUGAAGGAGGAAAGGGAGAAAUUGUCAAAAUUAUACGCCGGCACUGCUUUUUUCGCCAUGGAAUUGAUGCCGUUGACGAAACACCUGAACACGAUCAACACCCCGCGAAGGGGCGACAGGAUAUACAAGGAAGAGUGCAUUUACUCCUUCGACACGCCAGAUUCGCCUACUGGUCUGUACGUUAGCCUCACGUCUUUCCUCGGCUUGAGCCAGGAACAUGUUAUGUGGUACUACAAUAAGACUUCGUAUCCUGUGUAUCUUCACAUCAAACGUACAAGAAAAGAGAUUCCAUCUGAAGACCAAGGAGAUGGGCCUGAAAAAAAGAUCACGCGGUUGGCAAUAGGAACAGCCGGUGGAUUCAUGCCCGAUCAACAGAAAUAUACUUACGAGGAGGAAUAUAAUAUAAUCGUUCUACCUGAUUUCUGGUCCAUUCCCUAUCCUUCGAACAAUUUACCUGAGAAGGUGGAGCUUGCUGUCAAAACUAUAAUACAAAUGGAAGGUGCAUGGGCAGUUGCGCAAGUAGAAGCUGUAGCUAAUACAUGGGACGGAGAGGUCAGAUCAGAAUCAAAACACGCUGCGAAUCUGAAACAACUGGACAAUGGCAAGAAGAUUCCACCGAGUGGUUGGAAAUGCGAGAAAUGCGAUCUUACGCAGAAUCUUUGGUUGAAUCUGACUGAUGGUAGCAUACUCUGCGGUCGCAAGUUCUAUGAUGGAAGUGGCGGCAAUGGCCACGCGAUCGAGCACUAUCGUUCGACCGGUUAUCCGCUGGCUGUGAAACUAGGCACGAUUACGAAAGGCGGCAAGGCCGAUGUAUUUUCAUACGACGAGGACGAUAUGGUGGAUGACCCGAAUUUAACAUUGCAUCUGUCACAUUGGGGUAUCAAUAUUGCGCAGAUGGAAAAGACGGACAAGUCGAUGAUUGAGCUAGAAUUAGAUCUCAAUCAAAAGUUCGGCGAAUGGGUGUCUCUCCAGGAAGCUGCCAGCAAGCUUACACCAUUAUAUGGUCCUGGUUAUACUGGACUAAUAAAUCUGGGGAAUUCUUGUUAUCUGAAUAGUGUCAUGCAAAUGUUAUUCAUUAUUCCUGAUUUUAUUAAAAGAUAUGAGAAGAAGGCGCUACAGAUAUUUCAGCAAAAUUAUCAUGACCCAGCAUCAGACGUUAAUAUUCAAAUGGCGAAACUGGGUUUUGGCUUACUCUCUGGCAAAUAUUCAGAACGACCGAGUAAAUCUGAUGAUGAAUUGCAGCAAGGUAUUCCUCCGCGCAUGUUUAAGGUCCUGAUUGGUCGAGGACAUCCUGGCUUCUUUUCGAACCGGCAACAAGACGCUCAGGAAUUCCUUCUUUAUCUGAUUAAUCUACUCAAUCGAAACAGUCGGCAUGAGGUGUGUCCCACGGAAUGUUUUAAAUUUAAAGUGGAGGAAAGAUAUCAGUGUAGCAAAUCUAAUAAAGUCAAAUAUACACAUCGGCCGGAAUAUAUCUUGCCACUGCCGAUACCAUUGGAAGCUGCAGUGAAUAAGGAUGAAGUGACUGCCUACGAGACUCAGAAAAAGGAAGCUGAAGCAAAAGGGCAAAAGUUAGAUUCCAAUGCUCUCGUAAGACCUCGUAUAAAAUUGUCAUCGUGUCUGGAAAGUUUCAGUCGUUCAGAAAUUGUGGAACAGUUUUACAGUUCGGCUUUAAACGAGAAAACGAUAGCACACAAAACUACUAGACUAGCCAGUUUCCCGGAUUAUUUAUUAAUCCAUCUAAAGAAAUUUACUGUAAAGGAGGAUUGGACGCCCAUCAAGCUAGACGUAGCGGUAGAAAUGCCGGAUACGGUAGAUUUGAGUUUUUUGCGCGGAAACGGCUUACAACCUGGUGAGGAAUUGUUGCCAGACGGCGUGACUCCACCUCCGCCUGUUUAUAAUACGGCUCUUCUUGAUCAAUUGACGGACAUGGGUUUUCCACCGAAUGCGUGCAAACGGGCCUUGUACUUUACCGAAAACCGCAGUCUCGAGGCCGCGACCAAUUGGGUGAUGGAGCAUAUCGCGGAUUCCGAUUUCGAUGAACCGUUUGUGCCACCCGGAGUCGAUUUCAAGCCAGAUACAUUUGUGGCGGAUCAAGCUGCUUUGGAGAUGGUAACGGCUAUGGGUUUUACACGGGAGCAAGCGACGAAGGCGCUCAAAGCAACCAAUAAUAACUUGGAGCGCGCAGCUGAUUGGAUUUUCAGUCAUCAGGCCGAGCUCGAUGCCCAAGAAACAGAUAGUACUGCGACGCCAACGCAAGAAAACUUUAGAGACGGAAGUAGUCGAUACAAACUAGUGGGCUUCAUAUCACAUAUGGGCACAUCAACGAUGGUAGGCCAUUACGUUUGUCAUUUGUUGAAGGAAGAUCGAUGGGUGAUAUUUAACGAUGAAAAAGUUGCUUUAUCCGAAAACCCGCCGAAAGAAUUAGGAUACAUAUACAUGUAUCAACGGAUCGACUAAAGUGUAGUCGAUUCUUUUGUAUAAAGAUAUUGUUUUUUUCAACAAUAAAAAAAUGAUACAAAUGCUCUUUGUGACAUGUAUAUAUUGAAUAUAAUGAAAGUGCGGGUAACACUCAAUUUUGUUUUCGUUACAUGAUAGGAAUAUAAGAAAUGAAUAAGAGAUAAGUUGAAAAUUUUAUUUUAUUUUCUAACAAUGGCACGACAUUUUCAACAUGCUGUAGAGCGCUUUGUGAUCACAAUUAUACCAAUUAAAAUAACAUAAUUGUUUUUCUAUA